AUGCGCCUUCCCUCCCAGAUCUGUGCUCACCGCAUUCUCGCCCAGGCGCCCACCGCUGGAGAUCGCUCCUCCUUCCUGCAAAUCUUCGCUGGAUGGCACCUCCUCGUCAAGGCUCAAGAACGAUGCCAUGGAAAACCACCGCCAUUGCCAUUAUACGCUACUGCUGCACAUUUUCGAUCCAGGGGGCUCUUUACCCGGGCGGUCUGCUGCUGCCGGGCGUGCUCUACGAGUCGAGCAGCAUGGUCUUUCUUCUCAGUCUCAGACAUCUUCAAACUAGGCUCACAAGCACAAGCACUGCUUUUCCGCGAUCGCUUCAUUCCUCAUCUUCGCCACCCUUUGGCCUCGAGCAUUUUCCAAGAUAAAAUGGAGGCCUGUAGUUCAUCAACAUCCAAGGCGUGGAGUGACCACAGCGCAACUUGUGAUGAGAUGAGUUGGUGACCUGGUAUACUUUUUUGUGUUAUGCCAUCUGCUCUUUGGAAACUUUUGAGAAAGCUUGCUCUGAGCUGAUUGAGUUUGAGCUUGGUCAAGGCUCUCACAGGUUUAUUGGAUCUCUGGUGCAACCCUGGAGUUUUGUUUGCGGGUGA